AUGAUCACAGCACUUCAAGGCAUAUCGCGAUAUGCACUGAAUCCGGAAAUGCACUACAACACACCUAUGCUGGAGGAAUUGAAGUUGACAUCGAGAAUGAUCAGCAUGCACCCUCGAGUACUUGAUACGAUACCACAGAGCUUGAAGUCGCUUGAUUUGGACCUCCACACUCGGCAGCAAGGUCAUGAUGAUUCACCCAUCCUAUGCUAUCUCAACACCAUUGCUCUUCAAUGUCAGCUAAAGGAACUUGUGUUGCAAUUCAACAGCCAUGCCAACGUCGCCAGGAUUCUUGAUGCUGUCUACCGUCACAAUCACCUUGAAUGCCUAAAGAUCAGCUUUACCGAUGAGUGGAAAUCCUAUCCAAUGGACAGCUUCCUUGAUGGGCUUAUCAAAGCAUGUCCUCGUGUGUCGCACCUAGAACUCAAGUGCACCAAUGCGCCAUCCACCUAUGCGAUCAGUACACUGAAACGGCUUCCACAAUUGAACAAGGUUUCAUUUUCGGUCAAUGGCCCCGUGAUUAAGGACAGCUUCUGGGAUGCUAUUCAGACAUUUUCACAGCUCAAGUGCAUUACGAUCUUCAAAUCGCCUGUAGCCCAGCAUGAAAGAAUCGAUCACCUCAAGAAACAACGACCCGACAUGGAGAUUAUUCAUUGA